GCCAUCAUAUUCAGAUCUUUGCGAACCGUCACUAAGCUCUAAUUUCCAUUCAGCAAUGGUGGCGAGCAUGCUGAGCUUAUCGGCUCCUCCGUUCUUGUCUCAAUGUCCGCUUCGUUCCGCUUCCUGUUUUUCCCAUGGCAAAAUUGAUUUCUCAAAGCACCGUUGGGGUGCUCGGAGACUGCUUGUUCUUCCCGUCAAGUGCUUAUCUUCGGAGCCGAGUCAAGAUGCCGAAUCGGAAGCUGAAACGACGACGUCUGCUUCUUCUUCUUCUUCGUUUUCUUCUUCUUCGAGUAAUUUGACGUACAAAUGGUGUGUGGGGCUUGGAGCUAUAGGUUUUGUUGAGACCGCGUACUUGACGUACCUCAAGCUCACCAAUUCCGAUGCAUUUUGCCCAAUUGGAGGCGGCACUUGCGGCAACAUCCUCAAUAGCGAUUAUGCUGUAGUUUUUGGUGUUCCUCUUCCACUGAUAGGGAUGGUUGCAUAUGGAUUAGUUGCAUCACUUGGUCUACAGUUGACAAGAAAGAACUUGCCCUUUGGAAUGGAAGAAUCUAAUGGUCGUUUAAUUUUACUUGGAAGCACUACCUCGAUGGCAGUUGCCAGUGCAUAUUUCUUGUACCUUCUGGGCACAAAAUUUUCAGGAGUAUCAUGCUCAUACUGUCUAAUGUCAGCAUUGUUGUCGUUCAGCUUAUUUUUUAUCACUCUAAAGGAGUUUAGAUUGGAAGAAAUACAAAAAGUGGUGGGUUUACAGCUAUGUAUAGCUAGCUUGGUAUUUGUUACGCUAAACACUUCAUACCGUGCUUCUCUACCUAUCUCCUCAAGCCUGGCUGAAAUUGACCUGCCAUACUUUUCAACUGAGAUCACAACAACGUCGAGUCCUUUUGCUCUUUCUCUUGCAAAACAUCUGCACUCCAUAGGUGCUAAAAUGUAUGGGGCUUUCUGGUGUUCACAUUGUUUAGAACAAAAACAGAUGUUUGGAUUGGAGGCAGCAAAGCUGUUGGACUAUGUGGAAUGUUUCCCUGAUGGAUAUAGGAAAGGAACAAAAAUGAUCAAGGCAUGUUCAGAUGCUGGAAUUGAAGGUUUCCCAAUGUGGGUGAUUAAUGGUCAGGCUUUGAGUGGUGAACAAGAAUUGUUAGAGCUGGCCCGGGCAUCAGGGUUCAAGUUUGAUAAUUCCAGUCAACUCACUUAGAUCAAUGGAUUGUGGUUGUAUCGUAGCACUUGUACAGCGUAUAGAUGACUUGUCACUACAAAACAUACAAUGUUCUCUAUUGAAUACGACCUCUGGGGCCAUAAAUGACAGAUAUGUUAGAAGAA